AUGUUUUCCAGCUUCACCAAAACGGCGAUAUUCGCCUCCUUACUAGGAAACGCGGCAGCUGCGAUAGAUCCUAUCGUCGCCAAGGGUCAAUACUUCUUCUAUUCAUCAAAUGGCACCCAAUUCUUCAUCAAGGGCGUAGCCUAUCAACAAGGCAUCGGCCCUGGCGGCACAGCAGAGGGCAACCAGGCCACGUUUAUUGAUUCGCUGGCGGACACAGCAAGCUGCACGCGCGACAUCCCAUUCCUCCAGCAGCUCGGCACCAACACGAUCCGUGUCUAUGCCAUCGACCCAACGGCUGACCACCAAGUAUGUAUGAAUGCCCUCGCGGACGCAGGUAUCUACGUGAUUGCAGACCUCAGUGUGCCCGGCGAGUCCAUCGAGCGUGACAACCCUAGCUGGAACACGGAUCUUUUUGCUCGGUACCAGGGCGUCAUUGACAAUCUCGGCCAAUUCCCGAACACGAUCGGCUUCUUUGCCGGCAAUGAGGUCACCAACAACAAGACCAACACCGAUGCCUCUGCGUUCAUCAAGGCCGCAGUCCGUGAUUCCAAGGCGUACAUCCAGUCCAAGAACUUUGGUCGCUGGCUCGGUGUUGGUUAUGCCACCAACGACGACGCGGAGACCAGAGAUAACCUGGCCAACUACUUCAACUGCGGUCAGGACCAAGCCAGUGCUGUUGACUUCUGGGGUUACAACAUCUACGAAUGGUGUGGCCAGAGCACCUUCCAAGCGAGCGGGUAUGAGGAGCGAACGCAGGCCUUUGCGAACUACUCAGUCCCGGCUUUCUUCUCCGAGUAUGGGUGCAACAACCCCGGCGGUGGAGCGUCGAGGGUCUGGCAGGAAACCGGAGUGCUGUACAGUGACCAGAUGAACAAGGUUUGGAGCGGAGGAAUUGUGUACGAGUUCUUUCAGGAGCAAAACGACUUCGGUCUCGUGGACGUUUCCGGCACCACCGUCACACCCCGAAAGGACUUCCAGGCUCUUGCAACUGCCGUCGCGGGAACAGCGGCAGACACGGCCAACCCGAGCAUCUCCAUGAACUCGUACACUGCGUCCAAUGUCCCCCGCCAGUGCCCAGCCGUCACGGCCGGCCUGUGGGAGGCCGCCGAGGCACUGCCGCCUACGCCCAACGCGACGCUGUGCGAGAACAUGGUGGCGUCGUCGUCCUGCGUGCCGUCGGAUGCAGUCACAAGCGACGCUGAGAAGAUCGGUACGCUGUUCGGAACCGUGUGCGGAAUGGACGCCACCGCGUGCGCGGGCAUCACGUCCAACGCGACCACGGGCAAAUACGGCGCUUUUGUCAUGUGCAACCCGGUACAGCAGCUCACGCACGCGCUCAACUCGUACUACACGAACCAGAAGAAGGCCAGCACCGCGUGCAACUUCGCCGGCCAGGCCAAGGUCGUCUCGCCCACCGAGGCGGCCAUCACGCCCAGCUCGGGCUCCUCGAGCUCUGGGUCCUCAAGCGGAUCAUCGUCCAGCGGUGGUUCCGGCUCGGUAAGUAGUUCUAGUGCGAGCCCUAACCCAAGCACCAGUGCGAACUCCACCGCCCCAGCCUCAUCGUCCAGCAGCUCAAGCGCCUCUUCUCAGCAGGGUGGUACGGCUGCCACGUCUGGGCAAACCUCCGGCAGCUCCGCGUCUCAGAACGGCACGGUGGGUGCUUCUGGAGACCAAGGAGCCGGCGGCAAAUCUCAGGGUGGCGAUACUACUGCUGAGAAGGGCAGCUCCGGCGGCUCUUCUGCGCUUCCUUCAUCUGUGAGCCCUUCGUCUGCGAGUCCUUCUGCGAGCCCAUCUGCGAGUUCUGCUUCUUCCGAUACCUCCUCGUCCGAUGCUUCUUCUGAUGCCUCCUCCAAUGUUGCUUCUGGUGCUUCUUCUGCGGAUGCGACCCCUGCUUCUUUGGCUUCUAGCGCGAGCGAAAGUGCCUCUCAGGGAUCUAACAGUGCUACCGUUGUUCAGGCCUCGCACGCCGCCGGCCGCUUCUCCGGCAUCGAGAACACCGGCCUGCUCCUUGCUGCCGUCGCAGUUAUUGCAUCGACUUUGCUAUAG